AAGAAGAAACUGGGUGGAAGGGCGGAGCUUAAAGCAGGAAGUGAAAGGGACGAUAACUGACAAUAAUAAACAAACUCUGCUUCCAAAUACUAACGAUCAUUUCACAGACAUGGAUUCAUAAUCUUCACGUUUGUUCAUUACAAUUCUGAGGUAAGGGAACUUUUGGAGACACUAUGGAGGAGACAAGUCGUGAGGCAGUUGCCACUGCAGUGCAGCGUGUGGCAGGAAUGCUGCAGAGGUCAGAUCAGCUGGACAAAGUGGAGCAAUACAGAAGAAGGGAAGCACGCAAAAAGGCCUCGGUGGAAGCCAGGCUGAAGGCAGCCAUCCAGUCGCAGCUGGACGGCGUUCGCACUGGACUGACCCAGCUUCACAGUGCCCUGCUGGACGUCAAAGACAUCCAGAGCUCAUUGGCUGAUGUCAGCAAAGACUGGAGGCAGAGCAUCAACACCAUCGAAAACCUGAAAGAUGUCAAGGAUGCUGUAGUUCAACACAGUCAGCUGGCCUCGGCUGUGGAAAACCUAAAAAACAUUUUCUCUGUGCCAGAGAUUGUAGCAGAGACGCAGCAGCUGAUAGAGCAGGCGGAACUUCUGCAGGCCCACAGGAAGCUGAUAGAGCUGGAGUGUUCACGAGAUGACCUCAUGUAUGAGCAAUACAGAAUGGACAGCAGAAACACCAGUGACAUGAACCUUAUCUCCAUCUAUUUUGAGGACGUUCAGGGACUGUCAGAUGAGCUGGCCAAACAGUUGUGGAUGGUACUGCAGAGGGCCAUGGUAACAGUUCGUCGUGACCCUACAAUGGUGGUGUCUGUGGUUCGUAUCAUCGAGCGUGAGGAGAAGAUUGAUAGACGCAUGGUGGACCGCAAGAAGCAGACUGGCUUCAUUCCGCCAGGGCGACCCAAACGGUGGAAGGACAAGAUGUUUGAGGUGUUGGAGGGAACAGUCAGCACUCGCAUCGAGAGCACCCAGGCUGUGACCAGAGAGGCUGAUAAAAUGUGGCUGGUGCGUCUUUUAGAAAUAACUAGGAAAUAUGUUCUGGAUGACCUCAUCGUUGUCAAGAACCUCAUGGUGCAGUGCUUUCCUCCUCACUACGACACUUUCAACAGGUUUUUCCGUCUCUACCACAAUGCUGUGUCCACUCGUGUCAAAGAACUGGCCGCUGAGGACUUGGAGGCGAAUGAGAUUGUGUCCUUGCUUACCUGGGUCCUCAACACUUACAAGAGUGUGGAGAUGAUGGGUCAUCCUGAGCUGCACUCCGAGUGUGACAUUAACCAGCUGGAAUCUCUGCUUCCUCAGGAUGUGGUUGAUGAUCUGCUCAGCAAAUAUGUUCAGACCUUCACAUCUAACAUCACAGGCUGGCUGCGAAAGGCCUUGGAAACCGAUAAGAAAGACUGGCAGAAAGAAACGGAGCCUGAGGCUGACCAAGACGGAUACUACCAGACCACACUGCCUGCCAUUGUCUUCCAGAUGUUUGAGCAGAACCUGCAGGUCGCUGCUCAGAUUGAUGGGGAUUUCAAAGAGCAGGUUCUGAAGCUGUGCCUGAAACAGAUGAACACUUUCCUCAUCAGGUACAGAGAGGAGGCAGUGGUCUACAAAGAAGACCAUCUGAGAGACAGACAGCUACCUCAGUGUUAUGUGCAAUACAUGAUCGCCAUCAUAAAUAACUGCCAGACAUUCAAGGAGUCCAUCAACAGUCUGAAGCGGAAAUACUCUCAGUCUUCAGAGGCCACUGACAGUGAUGCUGCCAUUGAAAGGACACUCAACGAGGUGGCCAAGGAGGGAUGUCAGUUCCUUUUGGACGAAGUCUUCCUCGACCUUGAUAAUCACCUGAAUGAACUGCUGACCAGGAAGUGGCUGACAGGCUCUCAUGCUGUGGACACCAUCUGUGUGACGGUGGAGGAUUACUUCAAUGACUUCAAGAAGAUCAAGAAACCAUUCAAUCAGGAGAUGACGAGUGAGGCUCUGCGCAGGGUGGUGGUGGAGUACAUUAAGGCGGUGAUGCAAAAGAGGAUCACUUUCAAAAGUGCAGAGGAGAGGAAGGAGGGAGCAGAGAGGAUGAUCAAAGAGGCCAAUCAGUUCAUGUUUCUUUUCCGAAAACUGGCUGCUGGUGAAGACACAGACCGGCUUUGUGGUGCCAUCACUGCCAUUGCAGAAGUGUUUAAGCUGACCGACCCCACACUGUUGUUCCUGGAGGUCACCACUCUGGUGUCCAAGUAUCCUGACAUCAGGGAGGAGCACAUCCAGGCACUGCUGGCUGUGCGUGGGGACGCCAGCCGGGAGAUGCGCCAAAUGAUCAUCGGAACCUUCAGUGAAAACAAGGCGUCUUACUGUGGGGCCACUCAGCCCAUCUUCAAAGACAUCACAGUGCCUACCAUCACUAUGACGACCAUGACUACCAUGACCUCUAUGGCAACUGCAAAGCUGCUCAAAUAAAACCAGCCACCAUGACAACACCCAUGUCCACUGUCACCACCUUCAGACACAAUUAACAUAAGUAAAGCUGUUAUCGAGACAUUCCUCCGCCUAAUUAAAUCUGAUGUAGAAACCAACAAAGAAGAAGAAGGGAAUGGCACAUAAGACAAUGGUGUGAAGGGGUCUACUGCAGACCCCUCAUCAUUACAUCACUCAUUAUUUCACAACUGGUUUAUUUUCACCCCGAUCACAUGUAACUUCAAAUGAAAAAUAAAAUAGAAGUUGUAAAAGCA